AUGGCUGUUGCUGCUCCUCUGACCUUGAAGCGUCUCUGCUCCGUGUGCCAGCAAAGCCUGGAAGCGAGCGUGCAGGAGCUGAACUGGAACAUGAGCUACCUGGCUUCGGCUGCAUGGCCCGGGUGUAGGCCUUGCCCAAAUCCCACCUGCUCAGAGCAGGCUAAGCUUUGUGCUCUUUGUGUUCAGGCCUCGGAGGAGCUGCUGAAAGAGCACUACAUCGCCCUUCGUGACCGUCCCUUCUACAGCCGGCUGGUGAAGUACAUGAGCUCCGGGCCCGUAGUGGCCAUGGUCUGGCAGGGCCUGGAUGUGGUCAAGACGGUUCGCACAAUGAUUGGGGAGACUAACCCAGCUGAUGCCAGGCCUGGCACCAUCCGAGGAGACUUCUGCGUCGAAGUCAGCAAGAAUGUGAUCCACGGCAGCGACUCUGUUGAGAGUGCCCAGCAGGAGAUCUCGCUCUGGUUCCGCCCGGAGGAGCUGACUUGCUGGGAGGACACGACUGAGCACUGGAUCUAUGCGUGA